UAAACACAUGUCUACCUCGGCCCCAGAGCGGCUCUUAUUCACUGGAUUUACAUAAGGCUCCCAUCAGCCGGCCCACUCAUUACCACGUUUUAUUAUAUCCCCCUGCACUCAGAAAGCAUCAUGACAAAGUAGCUCCAUCCUCCCAUCCAACAGGGAAGUGAAGCAGGUGUCAGAAACAGAAAACAGAAAACACUGGAGCAGAGGAAAGGAAGGAACUUUAUUUUAUUUUUUUUGAACUUUUUGUAUCCCUCUGCAUCCUCCCUCUGCUGCAGCAGUGCGCACACCAGCAGGCCUAUGUUUUAAUGUUCUCUAAAAUGGUAUCCAAGCUGACAUCUCUGCAGCAGGAGCUCCUCAGCGCCCUGCUGGACUCAGGAGUUACUAAAGAUGUUCUGAUCCAAGCCCUGGAUGAUAUGGACCCCAGCCCGCAAGGCUUUGGAGUAAAACUGGAGAGUCUGCCCAUGUCGCCUCCAGCAGCUCCGAGCGGGAAGAUGAACGGAGCGGACAGCAGCGACUCGAAGCCCGUCUUCCACACGCUCACCAACGGCCACAGCAACAAGGCCAACAAGCUGUCCGGGUCCGGGGACGAGGGCUCGGAGGACGGGGACGACUACGACACCCCUCCGAUCCUCAAGGAGCUGCAGUUGCUCAACACUGAGGAGGCCGCCGAGCAGAGGGCGGAGGUGGACCGCAUGUUGGCAGAGGAUCCAUGGCGUGCUGCCCGCAUGAUCAAAGGUUACAUGCAGCAGCACAACAUCCCCCAACGGGAGGUUGUGGACGUCACAGGACUCAACCAGUCUCACCUCUCCCAGCACCUCAACAAAGGCACGCCCAUGAAAACACAGAAGCGAGCGGCCCUCUAUACCUGGUAUGUCAGGAAACAGCGGGAAAUUCUCCAACAGUUCAACCAGGCAGUGCUAGGCUCUGGAAGCAACAUGACAGACAAAGACAAUCAGGAUCAGGUGUUUUUUUUCCCAGAGUUCAACCCGUCCGGUCAGGGCAUGGUUCAGCCUGGCGAAGAGGUCGGCAGCGAACCCUCCUGCAAGAAAAUGAGACGAAACCGUUUCAAAUGGGGGCCCGCGUCCCAGCAAAUCCUGUACCAGGCCUAUGAACGGCAGAAGAACCCCAGCAAGGAGGAGAGGGAAGCUUUGGUGGAAGAGUGCAACAGAGCCGAAUGUCUUCAGAGAGGCGUCUCCCCGUCCAAAGCUCAGGGCCUCGGCUCUAAUCUGGUCACCGAAGUGCGAGUCUAUAAUUGGUUCGCCAACCGGCGUAAGGAGGAAGCCUUCAGGCAGAAGCUGGCCAUGGACUCCAUCAACUUACCGCCCCACACCAUGAACCCUCUGCUGUCACACAGCUCGCCACAUCACCCCCAUAUCAGCGCUUCGCCUCCCAAUCUGAUGUGGUGGAGCAGUUUGUUCCACAGACCUCGGCCCGCAACUGAGAAGGCGCAGUCGCCCCUGAGCUUCCGCCGAGCCCGAGGGACGACCAGAAGUGACUGGUCGGAAGACCAGAGUGACCUACUGCGUUACAGCCAAGGCCCCGGCGAGGUCACCUCCUCCACGACCAUCAGUCACCACAGUAGCAACGCGAUGGCGACCAGCCAGUCGGUGCUCCAGCAGGUGUCUCCGGGAGGAUUGGACCACAGCCACAGCCUGAUGUCACCUGACGUCAAGAUGAUUUCAGGUUCAGGUGGAGGGCUUCCUCCAGUCAGCACACUGACCAACAUCCACAGCUCCCAUCUCAGCCAUCAGCAGACACAGAACCUCAUCAUGCCUCUAUCUGGAGUCAUGGCCAUAGCACAGAGUUUAAACUCGUCGCAAUCUCAGUCGGUGCCGGUGAUCAACAGCGUGGCGGGCAGUCUCGCGGCGCUGCAGCCGGUGCAGUUUUCCCAGCAGCUCCACAGCCCCCACCAGCAGAGCCUGAUGCAGCAGUCCCCAAGCCACAUGAGCCAGCAGCCGUUCAUAGCUACCGUCACACACUCGCACAUGUAUCCUCACAAGCAAGAGCCCCCGCAAUAUUCCCACCCGUCGCGUUUCCCCUCGGCCAUGGUGGUCACAGACGCCAACAGCCUCAGCACCCUCAGCUCCAUGUCCUCAAGCAAGACGGACGCUUCUGUAAACAAGAUGGUGCAACUCGGUGGUCUCUCCUGGUGUCCUCUUCAAGCUUGGUGAGAGCGUCCACCUGACUUCCUCGGUGCCCGGCAACGGGAGCACAUUUUUCCACCCUCUCACCGCGGUAACCAUGACAACUCUUAAUAACCGGCAACGGCGAAGCUGGAUGAUGAGUCAGUCAACAAAACGAGAGGAGUGGCGACGACGGCGGUGGGCCAAGCGGUUGAAAUGAGAAAUAGGGACAGAAGGGGAGGGGGAAAAAAACAAAACUCACUGCACCUGAAAGUGAAGAGACUGGAUUCCCCCUCUGUCGCACACAAAUGAUCAACAAGGAUGAUUUUAACACAAUCUUUGAAAACAGUAUUCACUUUUUUAUGCCCCCUCCUUGUCAUCCUCUUUUCUGACAUUACAAAGGAACAAAAACCAAGCAACCCAAAAAGCGCUCACAAACUGUUUGUGGUACGGACUUGAAAACGAAGGCUCUGGGACAACUUAUAUUACACUGUGAUUUAAGGUUGGAAAUAUGAAGACACCCUGAAACUAACAGAGCCGGCGAUCGGCCUCUGUGAAGGCUGAAAGACUCACAACAAAAUCCUGGAUGCCGACACCAAUUGCCUUGCACGUGAGCAGAACUGUGUGACAAUCACAAUAACCCCGUAUUGAUCUUGUGCAAGCAUUAGACAUUCUUACUGGGCUUUAAAGGAGUCUUCCAUGUUAUUCUUUCACACUCAGUUUUACUUAGUGCAGGUGACGAACGCGAGGGAUUCGUCAUUUCAAGUUGUUCAAUGUGUAUACUGUGAUUGAAAAGACUUUGACAAUCUUGAGAGGACUAUGCAAUGCGUCAAUAGGUGUAUGCAAUGCUUUGUAUAACUGGAUUCUGCACAGAACUCCACACACUUGAGACUGGAAAUGAAUAUGCACUAUCAAUGAAGUCACCAACAAUUAGCCUAUAGCCUACAGUAUGUACUGUAUAUAUAUAUAUAUAUAUAUAUAUACUGGAGUUCCUGUUGAUGAAGCUGCCUGUAAAAUAACACAAAAGCAGAUGGAUGAAUGUGUGACAAAUGUGCCAAAGAAUAAGAGUCAGUCUGCGAUGUCUAUGGAGGGAGGUCUGACUCACACACUUUAACGGUGGCCCUUCCUCUCCAUGUUGUUUGCACACAGGUUCAGGUGAAUUUCAGGAAUGGGACUCACCCUCCUCCUCCUCCUCCUCCUCCCACUUCCUGCCUCAAUGUGAAGAGAUACCAAAUAGGACAAAUAUUGUUAAUAACUCCUCGUC